AUGACUACUAUGAAAACCAAAAAAACUAUGACUCAGGAUGAGGUCAUUUAUCUUGUUGAAUUAAUACAAGAUAAACCAGCGUUAAUGACAAAGGCAACCAAUGCCACUACAAAUAAGCUUAAAGAUGAAGCUUGGUUGUCUGUCACAACAUCCUUCAAUGCAAAGUGUUUGUCUAUCCCCAGAAACAAAGAACAACUCAAAUUAAAAUGGGAUAAUUUAAAAAAAGCUGCUCGCAAAAGAAGUCAGCUGCUUCGGAUGAACAAUCUCAAGACGGGUGGUGGAAAACCAGAGGGUAUACCCCCAGACGACAUUUUAGACAAAGUCGCAGGUCUUUUAGGGUCAACCUGCUCGGGCUUUGAAGUUUCUUUUGGUGGUGACAGAAGCGAUAACAAUGUAGUUUUGGUGGAAGACAGUGAUGUUGAAAUACAAGACUCAGCGGACAGAAAUGAUGCAUCACAAAACAUUUCCGAGGAAGAGUACAAUCCGAGUGAAGGUAAAUUUAGAAACAGACAUCAAGACACAGGGGUGCUGCAGCGUAAUUUAGCGAUAGCUAAAUAUUACGAAAAAAAAACCGAGAAAUUAGAAUUAGAAAUCCAAUUACUCAAAGAGAGUAUAAAUAAUAAUAAUUAA